AUGAAGACACGCGAAGCUCUCGGCAUAGGCGCCUGCAUCUCCUUUUUCUUUGCAACAUCACUGGGCCAUAGCUACUUUUCCUCGUAUUUUCUGUCUGUGCACGGAUACAAUUUUGAGUUUCCUUUGCUGUACUUUUCGCUCCACCAGCUCAUACACUUUGUGCUAGCGUCCUUUGGAAUAUGGUACUUGAAGAAAGGCAUUCUGCACGAGCAGGCCAUUGAGUCUCCGCUUCCCUACAUAAUGCGAGAGAGAAUAGGGUCUCCGCUGGCUUCCUCGCAGACAGAAAGCCCGCAGAAAAGAGAGUACGCAGAGACACCUGCGCGGUCUACAAAAACAGCAGCCAACAGUGUGCUGUACCACAUCUAUCAGUUUCUGAACGACAUUGGCGCGUUCAAUGUGUGGAUAGUCGUGUGCUCCUUUAUCGGGUCGAUUGACAGCGGGUUUUCAGGCCAUGCCCUAACCCAGAUUUCUCUGCCCUUCUACACGAUGCUUAAGUCAACCACGCCUAUUUUUAUUCUAUUUGCUCGAUUUAUCUUUCAGCUGGAGCGCCCCUCAUUCACCCUUGUGGGCAUUAUUUUCAUGAUUGCUUCUGGAAUAUCUCUGGCUGCUAAAAGCGACACCGUUCAGUUUAACAUAAAGUACGGCAUUAUGAUCAUAGGGGCCUGUGUGAUGGCGGGAUUCAGAUGGGGGUUUUUGGAGUAUUUCAUAAAGCACAGCACAAAGAAAAACGACAGCAUUCUGCACAGCCUCUCAGUGAUUUCUCUUCUCUCUAGCAUCUUCUUGUUUGCUGGCUUCUUUCUCUUUGAAGGAGCGUUCUCUUUUUUGAACUGCGACAAGUGUGUCUCCAGUGCCUCGAUCUUCCUGUGUUUUUUCCUGAUCUUUGCAACAGGCGUUAUCGGCUUUUUCGGGUGCUUGGCCGAGUUUGUGGUUAUCUCAAAAACAAACGUUAUGGUUUCGUCUGUUGUUAUGAUCAUCAAGGAAAUCGCCAUCCUGUGCAUUUCGGUACAAAGAAAAGAGCUCAUACUUUCUGCGGUGAAUGUCUUUGGCCUAUGCAUUUCUGUCACAGGAAUUGUUUUGUUCACCUUCCGGUCUGUAUUAUUCCCAGUCGAUCCUGUCAAAGAAACAGCACAGCCCCAAGACAGCACCGAAGAAUUGGUGAAAAGGGUAGAAAAAUACGCUGUCUCAACAGAGCCUUCCCCGAUCAUGCUAACCUCCUGA